AUGACAGGGAAUCACUGGGGAUAUGGAAAAGAGGACGGUCCAUCUAUAUGGCACAAAAACUUCCCCGUUGCAGAGGGGGACCGGCAGUCUCCUAUUGACAUCGUCCCCCAACAGGCUUCACGUGACCCCAACCUGGAUCCGAUUGUCCUCAACUAUGAUCAAUGUACAUCCAUGAAUAUCACCAACAAUGGACACUCUGUUGUGGUGGACUUUGAUGACUCUGAUGACCGUUCAGUGAUCCAGGGAGGCCCUCUUGACAACCCCUAUAGAUUGAAACAGUUUCACUUCCACUGGGGCGGAAAGGGCUGCCGUGGCUCUGAGCACACUGUUGAGGGGUACAGCUAUGCAUCUGAGCUUCAUUUAGUACACUGGAACGCUGUCAAGUAUAAAUCAUUUGGGGAUGCGGCAGCAGCUCCUGAUGGCCUUGCUGUCCUCGGCAUCUUUUUAGAAAUAGGUGACGACCACAGAUGGCUCCACAUGAUAACAGAUGCUCUGUACAUGGUGAAGUUUAAGGGCAGUGUCACAGAUUUCAAAGGUUUCAACCCAAAGUGCCUCUUACCCAGUAGCCUCCACUACUGGACCUACCUUGGAUCGCUGACCACACCCCCCCUCCAUGAGAGUGUAAUCUGGAUCGUCCUGAAAGACCCAAUCACAGUGUCUGAAAAACAACUGGGCAAGUUCAGACUGCUUCUGUUCAAUGGAGAAGAAGAGGACGAGAGGACGCGCAUGGAAAACAACUUCAGGCCUCCUCAGCCCCUGAAAGGCAGGAAAGUGCGUUCCUCCAAUUAA